CCCUCUGCCACUGUCACCCCCAAACUCUCCCCGUGCCUCUGCUCGACGACACACUCAGUCACGCGCCUCAACGAACCAAGCAACCAUCUCCAAGGCAGCAAGAUCGACGACAUGGGCUUCCCCGUCGGGUACUCCGAGCUGCUCCUCCCGCGGCUGCUCCUCCAGGUGCUUCUCCUCCUUGGUCAGCUCCACCGCUUCCUCCUCUGGGCCUUCCAAGCCGUCGGCCUGGGCGACCUCAUCGACCUCGGCAACCCGCCCAUGACGACGACGGCCCAGGACCAGGAGGCCCAAUGGCACGCGCACGCUUCGCUGCAGCACCGGCGGCCGGACUUCCGCGCGCUGCCGCGGAUGGACAUCAUCAUCGAGGAGGCGCUGCCCGUGCUGCGGUUCGACGAGCUGCUGGCCUCCUCCUCCUCGCCGCCGUGCUGCGACGACGACUGCGCCGUCUGCCUCAGCGGCAUCGCCGGGGAAGACGAGGUGCGGCGGCUCCCCAACUGCCGCCACGUCUUCCACCGGGGCUGCAUCGACCGCUGGAUGGCGCACGACCAGCGCACCUGCCCGCUCUGCCGCGCCCCGCUCAUCCGCGACGACGGCGCGCUCUGGGCCACCUCGGCCGGCCUGCCUGACGCCUCCGACUACGACCUCUACUCCUACCCUUCCCCGCUGCCGCUGGCGCCCACCCCGACCCUGCUGCGGCCGCACGAGCUGCUGCUCAACGGCCUGGGCGGCUUCCAGUGAAGCCCCAAUCCGCCUGAUUCGUCACCGGCCAGAAGUCAGAUGCGUGACCGCCCCCCCCCCCCCCCCCCCCCCCCCAAAAAAAAAUUGGUCAACUACCUCAGCUCACACGGUCGGGUCCGUCUCCGGUCUCGCUUGGUGGAAACCAGCGGCCGGCGGAGAAGAGCGCGUCGACCCUGUGCAUAGGCGCCAGUGAAAGAAUAGAAAAAAAAGGACAACUAGUAGUAGUAGGAAAUAUUAGAUUGCCGCUAUCUAUGUAGGCCGAUCCCAUCUUCCAAGCCUGUGGAGUUGUGGAUCUUUUUUGCAGAUUAAUCUUGUUGAGCAAAUAUAUGGAUCUCGUGCUUUGCUACA